AUGUCUAUUGAUAAAAGCUGGACUACUAAUCCAUAUCGAAACCAUCCCGAGUUCCAAGCAGGACUCAAAGCUUUUAUUGAGAAGUCGAAGUUGCACCUUGAUAGUAAUGGUAAAAUCAGAUGUGCGUGUGAAAAAUGUGAUAACCGUUACUUCAAGUACCCGACUGUAGUUGAACGCCAUAUAUUUAUAAAUGGUUUCAGUAAGGCGUACAAAAUUUGGAUCUAUCAUGGUGAAUCUUUUAUUCCUCCCGUCGUCUUGCCAAGUAACGAAAUGGCCGAUUUAAUCGACGAUGUGAUGUGGGAGUCGAGAGAAAAUGAUACCAACCUCGAUGAAGGAACCUCGAAUACAAGGGGUAGCGGUGUGGAUGAUGAUUUUGCACAGUUGUUGGAAGAAAUGGAAACUCAAUUGUAUACUGGUUGCAUCUUUUCUUCCCUUGAGUUUCUAGCAAAGUUAAUGCAUAUCAAGGUGAACAACAAAUGGACUGAUAGUUCAUUUGAUCAACUCCUUGAGCUCUUGCAAUUAGCAUUUCCCAAAGGCAACAAGGUUCCCCUUUCACAUUAUCUAGCCAAAAAGAAACUAAAGUCUAUUGGCCUGGGGUAUGAGUCGAUACAUGUGUGUAAAAAUGAUUGUUGUCUCUUUUGGAAAGAACAUGAUUCAUUGCAAGUUUGUCCCGUUUGUAAAGAGAGCCGAUGGAUCGAUAAAAACACCAAGGGUAAGAAAGUACCUCAUAAGGUGUUACGGUACUUUCCUGUGACCCCUAGACUACGACGUUUAUAUUGUUCGAGGCACACUGCCAAAAAUAUGAUUUGGCAUAGUACCAGACGUUCAGAAGAUGGUGUGAUGAUUCAUCCUGUUGAUGGGGAACAUUGGCAAGAUUUUGAUAAAAAAUACCCCGACUUCUCGAGUGAACCCCGUAACGUACGCCUAGGUCUUUCAGCUGACGGUUUCAAUCCAUUUGGAAACAUGUGUAAUCCACAUAGCACAUGGCCGGUCAUACUCACCACAUACAAUCUGCCACCCUGGCUUUGUAUGAAAGAGUCAUCAUUCAUGUUGACUUUGUUGAUUCCAGGACCGAAAGCUCCAGGUAAGGAUAUGGAUGUUUUCCUUAGACCGUUGGUGGAAGAGCUUAAACAUUUGUGGAACUCAGGCGUACGUAUUAAAGAUGCGGCGACAAACACAUUCUUCACGAUGAGAGCUAUGUUGUUGUGGACAAUAAACGAUUGGCCAGCUCGUAGUAGUUUAUCGGGUUGGAGUGGGCAAGGGUAUAGAGCAUGUGCUACUUGCAAUGAAGACACUCCUUCGUACCGUGCAACAAACAAAGUCGUAUAUAUUGGUCAUCGUCGUUUCCUAGAUGCUAAUGAUCCGUUAAGAAAUAGGUUGGACUUUAAUGGGAUGGAAGAGACAAGACCCGCUCCGAGACACUUUAAUAAUGAUGACAUACAAGAGCAACUAGGUCGUCUACUAACUCGUAAACCGGGUAAACAUCCUGACCAUGGAGGCGGGGAGCCAAAGCGGCAAGAUUAUGAGUUGAACUGGUCGAAACGAAGCAUUUUCUUCGAACUCGAGUAUUGGUCUUCUCUACAGUUGAAACACAACAUAGAUGUCAUGCAUGUCCAGAAAAAUGUGGACGAGAGUUUGUUAGGUACUCUCCUAAUGAACGAUAAAAGCAAAGACACAUCAAAUGCACGAGAGGACUUGAAAAUUCUAAACAUUCGGAGAAAUGAAUGGUUGCAAAAAAAUGGUGACAAGUUUCAUAGACCCAGAACAUUGAAGGUGGAGGAUAUGAGGAAAGCAAAAGUAGACAUUAUUGCAAUCUUGUGCAAGUUAGAAUUGAUUUAUCCUCCGGCAUUUUUUGACAUUAUGGUCAUUUACUUUUGCAUUUACCUGAUGAAGCAAUUGCUGGAGGCCCGAAACAAGGCGAAGCCAGAAGGUUCUAUAGCUGAGGGUUAUGUUGCUGAAGAAGCUUUAUCAUUUUGUUCAAUGUACCUUCGAGAUGUAAAGAAUCGUCCGGAAAGAAAUGUAGAUAUUGUCAUUGAAAAAACAAAGUUUUGGAUGUUUGAGUCUAAAUGUCGACCGACCAGCACAACUCAAAUCAAAACUCUUAAUUUAACGGAAAUGCAUAACAUGGAAUGGUUUGUAUUGAAUAGCUGUGAAGAAGUCAGACAGUAUAUCAAGAAAUUCAAAUCUGAGCAUCCCCAAAGUGAUGAAAAGAGAGAAUUUCAAAAAUCUCCAGAAUUCCACGAAGAGUUGUCGGUUCUUGCAAUGGGCCCGCAAAUGAAUGCUUAUUCUUACACCGCAUGCAUAGUCAAUGGUGUUAGGUUUAUGGUACUUAGUCGUGACACACAACGUACAACACAAAACUCUGGGGUUUUAGCGGUGGGUGAGAAAGGCGAGAAGUAUUAUGGCCAGUUAGAAGAGAUUAUAGAGUUGAGGUAUACACAUGAUUAUUCAACAUUACUAUUUCGUUGCAAGUGGUUUGAUACUCGAGCAGGAGUUAUUUCUAGUGAUAGUUUCACCAGUAUCGACACACGACGCGAAGCAUACAAAGAUGAUCAACUCAUAUAUGCGUCACAAGCCAAACAAGUGUUCUACAUCAGAGAGCCAAACAAUAACCAUCGGUGUGUUGUCGAGCAUGUUAAUCAUCGAAGUAUUUGGGAUCUACCAUCGAACGAUGACCUUGUUCAAAAUGUUGACAAUGUCUCACACGAAAAUGUAGACGAUGUCGAUGUACUUCAAAAUAUCUCUUCAUCCGAUGCUCCGCUUUUUAUCGAUUUCAGCAUGUACUUUCAAAACAUUCCUAGAGUCAUUGUUGAUGUAGAAAGUGCAUCUGAAGUUCCUCCGCCAACUAGUAGAGUCAAUGAUGUUUCUGAUUGCGAUACUGAUUACGAUGACACCGAUUCUGACUAUGAUACCGAAGAAGACACUGAAGGAUAUGAGGAAGAUUCUGAUUAG